CUCAUCUAUCAAACAUUACCAAAUUAACCCUCUAUCAAAAUUUAUGAUUUAAAUUAAUAGAGAUAAAUUUGAGAGAAAGGACUAAUUGAGGACUGCCCAAUAGAUGGAGGAUCCAAUUGAGAAUUUCUUAUUUAGACGCAGUUGAGAAUUGGAUUGGAUGAUAUAGUUGAAGAAUUUCUUUCACUUAGUUGAAGAAGUUUUUGCCGCUUCAACAAUGGCUGUAACACUGUUGGAUACAAGGGUAAGCCCAUUUGGCAUGAGAGUGAGAAUAGCAUUAGAAGAGAAGGGUGUGAAGUAUGAGUACAGUGAGCAAGAUUUGAGGAACAAGGGUCCUAUGCUUCUUCAAAUGAACCCAGUUUACAAGAAGGUCCCAGUUCUUAUUCACAAUGGGAAACCAAUCUGUGAGUCUCUUAUUGCUGUUCAGUAUAUUGAUGAGGUGUGGAAUAACAAGCCUCCUUUGCUGCCCUCUGAUCCAUACCAGAGAGCUCAAUCCAGGUUGUGGGCUGAUUUUGUUGACAACAAGGUGUAUUUUCCUGGGAGGAAGACAUGGACAAAGAAAGGACAAGAGCUGGAGGCAGGCAAGAAUGAUUUAAUUGAGUCCCUCAAGUUGUUGGAAGGAGAGCUAGGAGACAAGGCUUAUUUUGAAGGUGACAAACUCGGCUAUGUGGAUAUUGCACUUAUUCCUUUCUAUAGCUGGUUUCAUGGCUAUGAGACAUUUGGUAACUUUAGCAUAGAGGCUGAGUGUCCCAAGUUAAUUGCUUGGUGUAAGAGGUGCUUGCAGAACGAGAGUGUAUCCAGAUCUGUUGCAGAUCCACAAGAAGUCUAUGGUUUUUUGGUGGAGCUGAGAAAGAAGUUAGGGCUUGAAUAGAUGGAAGGAUGUGCAUCCACAGGCAAGCUUGUUUGGUUUCUGUUUUUCUGCUUAGUGUAAGCCUACAAGCUUCUAUCUGGAAAUAAUAUUGUGGACAUGUAGUUGUGACCUGUUUUUGUUCGAAUCUGAACUCAAUUUUUUGGGCUUAUGUUCUCGUUUAAGAAUAUUUCAAGCUUCAAUAAAAGUCAUUCAAAUGCUUUUAGUUUUA